CGCUCCAUGAGCCGUAGCUGAGGCAGCUGCCGGGUGCGUGGCGGGAUGCGGCGCUGCGCCCGCCCGUAGCCCGGCUCGGCCCCCGCCUGGGAGCUGCGUAGCGGGGCCGGCGGCGGCUCCGGCCGGGCCCCAUGGGGAACACGGUCACCUGCUGCGUGUCCCCGGACGCCAGCCCCAAGCUCGGCCGGGCCCGCGCGGGGGGCGGCGGCGGCGGCGGCGGGGCCGCGCCGGGGACCGAGCGCCGGGCGGACGCUUACCAGGGAGCGGCGGCGGAGGCCGAGUCGGGGGACUCGGAUCCUGGGGGCGGCCCCCACCUGCAGCACAUCAGCGACCGGGAGUUCCCGGAUGAUUUAGCCUUGGAAUCAAAUCCAUCUGACCAUCCCAGAGCAAGCACAAUUUUCCUGAGCAAGUCCCAAACAGAUGUGCGAGAGAAGAGGAAGAGUAACCACAUCAAUCAUGUUUCUCCAGGGCAGCUUACGAAAAAGUAUAGCUCAUGCUCAACCAUAUUUAUAGACGACAGCACAGUCAGCCAGCCUAAUCUUAGAAGCACAAUAAAAUGUGUGACGUUAGCAAUAUACUACCACAUAAAGAACAGAGAUUCAGUAAGAUCAUUGGAUAUUUUUGAUGAAAAAUCCCAUCCUCUCACGCGGGAAGAAGUUCCAAAUGACUACGGCAAACAUGACCCUGAUCACAAGCACAUUUACCGUUUUGUACGGACGCUUUUUAGCGCAGCGCAGCUGACGGCUGAAUGUGCAAUAGUGACACUGGUUUACUUGGAAAGACUCUUAACCUAUGCGGAGAUUGACAUCUGUCCUAGUAACUGGAAAAGAAUAGUUCUAGGAGCUAUUCUGCUGGCUUCUAAGGUUUGGGAUGAUCAGGCUGUGUGGAAUGUGGAUUACUGCCAAAUAUUGAAGGACAUUACGGUUGAGGACAUGAAUGAGAUGGAAAGACACUUCUUGGAGCUGCUGCAGUUUAAUAUCAAUGUUCCUGCCAGUGUUUAUGCCAAAUACUACUUUGAUCUUCGCUCCUUAGCAGAUGACAACAACCUGAAUUUUCUGCUGGAGCCUCUUAGUAAAGAGAGAGCACAGAAACUGGAGGCUAUCUCCAGGCUCUGUGAGGACAAAUACAAAGACUUGUCCAAAGCUGCUAUGAGACGAUCUUUCAGUGCUGAUAAUUUAGUUGGUAUCCGUCGUUCUAAUGCCAUCCUCUCCUGAGGAGAGAGAAGGGUGCAGCACCGUGAAGCCAGCGUACGUGUGAACCGGAGGAAUACCACCACUCCAUGCACAUAAGCCAGCAGUGAUGGUGUCUUCCAGAAAGGGGAGGAAGGAUAAAACCAGCCAAGGGACCCCAGGGCCUGAGGAGCGUAUUCCAUUCAAAAAAUGGGACCUUGUCAAAUCAGUGCUCCUCCUUUUAAUGUAUCCAGAGGUGCAAAAACAAGCUCCCCACCUCCCCCCACAGAUGUUUGCUUACUGUGUAGGCCUAUAGCUGUGAACGAUGAGGUUUUUAAUAAUGAGUAGUUUUAAAUUUUAGAAUUUAAACACUAACCACGUGACGAUAGUUACAAUGUUCUUCCCUCUUCUCCCUGUCAUCCAGAAUCUUGCUGUGUUUGCCUGUCAGAGCGAAUGCAGUGUUAGCAACAAAAAAAAAAAA